AUGGUUACCGGUGCUCAUCCACCGUCUGGCUCUUCUGACUACGGUGGUUACGGAUUGCAGUCGGGACAUGGAGGUUACGGAGCUCCUCCUCCUCCUCAUACUCAGGGUUCUUUUGGAAGCCCAUUUGCGUCUCUUGCAUUUCUUCCCCGUACGGAUCCGAACAUCGUGGCUUGUUUACAGGCAGUGGAUCGGGACGGUAGUGGUUUCAUCGACGACAAGGAGCUUCAAGGCGCUCUCUCUCUCACCGCCAUCCAAAUUGAGUCGUCGCUGGAGAUCGACAUAGUUCACUUUGUUCAAAAAUAUGUGUAA